AUGAUGGCGGCGAUGGUAUCAGCCGCGCCUCGUAAUGUGGGCGGGGAGAUCCUCGUGCCACCAAGUGGCCAGGUGAAGCUCAAGGACAAAACAACCCCGGUGAUUGAACAGGUGGCAAAGGAGCAGCUGGACCCCGAAGCUCGGCCAUUGGUGUUCACGCGAGGCAGGGCGGACUUGUCCCUCUUGAAGCUGUUGCUGUCGAGCAGGGGAGCUUCCAUCUGGACGGACGAGGAGCACGACCGGACCAACGUGAAGAUGACACGCCCGGCGCACGACAAGUGGGGUAUCUCGAAGAUCGUCCUCGUCUUCUGCGACGACUUCCUCAAGAGGGUGUACACGUUCCCGUGGUACCACGAGCCGGAGUGGAAGGAGGCGUUGCAGCCGGUCUUGGACGUGCUUGGCAUACCGGAGGAGAAAAUGGUGCGCUGCCUGCUGGCUUCGAUGCCCCCCGGGUGCGUCAUACCCGUCCAUCACGACACCGGGCACUGGGUGCAGCACACGCACCGGGUGCACGUCGCGGUCGUCACCGACGUGAGCGAGGUCGACUUUUUGGUUGGGCCUGACCCGAAACACAUGAGGAAGGUGAUGUUCGAUGAGGGCAGGGUGGUGGAGUUCAACAACCAGGCCAAGCACGCCGUCACCAACCGGUGGUCCAGAAAUCGCGUGCACCUCAUCCUGGACUAUGUCGACGAAUACCCCCUGGACUUCGUACGGCUCGCCCCGGGGUCCAAGCUUGUACAGACGCGAAGAAGCAUCGACGUUGAGGGUCUGGUCACGAGACAAGGGCCGGACCCUGCCUUCGUAGUCCUAGGCGGACAGAAGUGCGGGACGACCCUGCUUUACGAGUGCCUCAACCAGCACCCGCUCGUCGCGCGCGGUCGGCGCAGAGAGACGCACUUCUUCGACUGGGCUUGGCCGGCGAAGGGGGAGUCGCUGACGGUGGACCAGCUGCGAGAAUCUUACAUGGCGUUCUUCUACGCGGAAGAACUGAAAUCCCAUCCUUCCAUCGUGACUGGGGAGUCGACCCCGUCAUAUCUAUUGCGCGGAGAUCUGGUCAUACCUCGAUUGAAGAACGUCGCCGGGAAGACACGCCUCCUGGUGAUGCUGAGGGACCCCGUGAAACGGGCGUACUCUCACUACCACAUGGCGGUUGACCCAGAGGGCACCCCUGCGCAGCUGAGGAGUCGAGGCGGAGGAGGCUGGACGAGCAAGACCUUUGAGCAGGUCGUCGAGGAGGAGAGAGCGGUGCUCGAGAAAGCCGGUGUCGGCCCCGCAACUUCCCCGGGGGACUUCGCAAGGGACUACCUCAGCACACGACCAAACGGCUACGGAGGGCACAGCCUGUUGGGGCGAGGCCUGUACGCGUUGCAGUUGCAGCCGUGGCUUGAGGCGUUCGGCCGGGAUCAGAUCAAGGUCCUAUUCCUCGAGGAAGUGGUGAAGUCCGAAGACUCGCUCCAAGAGGCCAUGGACGGCGUUUUCGAGCAUGUCGGGCUCCCCCCUUCGCCGGUGGAGGACAAAGCCCCAAAGAACCACAGGGACUAUCCCCCGAUGGACGAAGGCGUACGCCGGCGGCUGCGAGACUUCUACGCUCCGUACGAUGCCGCGCUACGGCAGCUGCUGAGGAGAGACUCGCUUCCGUGGUAG